GCGUGUGCGUGUUUGCGGCGGAGUGAGGGGCGAUGCGUGAUGCGCGAUGCGGGCGAUGUCGAGGCGUCGGGCAUCUCCCUCCUAUUAUAGCGCAUACACCCGCCCUCUCCGCCCCCGGCGAUAAUUCACGUCCAUACCGACGCUCGCGCUGCUCGACGUCGACGUUCCUCCGUGCGCGCCGCGCGCGCGCACGCACGCACGUACAAUUUCUUUUCUUAUCUAUUUAUGAUCGGUCAUCGUCGCCACGACCCGCGGACUCGAACUCGAAUUCAAAACACAUUGGGGGGGUAGAGGGGGUUGGUCCUUGUACGCGUACGCACUGCAGCCUGGUUUCUCGCUCGCUCCUUCCCUCCCUCUCCCCACGAACCCACGAUACUGCUUUUCUCGCCCCGUCCGGCACUGCUCUUCUCCCUCUUCCCGUCCUGUACGUGCUUUCCGCGCGCGCGCGCGCGCCCGUGCCUCCACUUUCCUUCUUCUGCUGGGCUCUCAUAUCCCCUCGUCGUCUCUCACGUCUCUACACUGCUCGGGUUUCUGCUGCUUCUUUUGUCCUCUAUCUCCAGGGCUCUAUGCUCGCGCGCCCUCGCGCCCUCGUCACGACUAUGAUACUCACUUGUCCCCGCGUACGUACUUAUCCUAAUUUGCCUCUGUAGACACGCCCCUCCGCCCUCCCCUUCCCUGCCCUGCCCUGCCUCUCUUUCCCGCUCCCUCUCCAUUUGGAUCUCGUCACGUUCCGCCCAGCACCGUUUCCUCCGGACACACGUCGCACGCUCUUGAUCCCGCUCUGCAUCCACUCCGCACCACCCCGCAUACACAUACACAUACACAUACACGUACACAUGCACGCACGCACGCACUUACAUCUCUCUCUCCCUCUUGUGCUUUCUCCGCUGCUCUACUGCACUUUGCACUGCAUUGCACUGCACUACGCUACGCUACACUACGCUACUCUGCUCUACUCUGCUCUACUCUACUCUAUCGUGUACAAUUCACUCGACGCUCUGUCCAGUCUGCUCCGCACCACACCGCCGUACAUCGCCGCAACUGCCCGCCCGCGUCCGUCCGCUGUACGAGUACGCGCACCUCCGCGCCUACUUCCGUACCCGCUCACGCACCGCAAAUACUACCGUCUCUCUCUCUCUCUCUCUCUGUGGGAACAUACCAAGCCAGCAUCCCCGUCGCUCGACGCCCUCGCCUCGCCCCGCACCGCACCACAACCUACCAGUACCCCGCCCACCCAGCCAAAACGCACGCUACGAACAAAAAAAAAAAAACUCCACCAUAUACCGUCCGAUUCCGAGUUUCCAAACACACCCAGAAAACGUCAGACGAAAUUCCCGCGAAAUUCCACUAAAAAAAAAAAAAGGAAAAUCCGCACGGGCGUCGCACGGAUCGCUCUUUCGUGCGCUCCGACGGCGCCCGCGCCCGAGCCCGAGCCUGAGCCCUACCCGAGCCCGUCAAAGCACCGAUCUGCGUGA